UUAUAAAUGGUUUAGAUGUAUGUUGUGUGAGUGUGGGGUGUAAACAGUUAAAGGGGCACUCCACUGAUUUUACGUACAACUUUCGGUUUACUCUUCAGGAGGAGCAGCCUAUCACACUCAGCCUGUAUAAUGUCAAAUACAAUGCUGGAGUGCUUCCUCUGACUAAACUGGGUGCAAUUUCUUGGUGUUUUUAGAGUGCUGCUAUCCCAGUUCACACGCUGUCUAAUGUUUUCUGUGGCUCUGGAGGGAGUGUUGUAAAGUGUCAGAAAAUAACCCUUGUGAUGUCAUUGGGGUUAUCUUGGCUGGGCUUGAGAUUUCACAUUUAUAACAGAAAGCUUAUAAAAACAGAAACUUAUAGAAACUCAACUUGUGGCUUGAGUUUAAAAGACAUGGUGUGUUUUGUGAGCUCAAUAGCUGGUAUGCUGCUUUAAUUCUCAGGAUUCCUUUAAUAAUUCUAAUUGCAGCAUCUUUUCUAAUGGGCAUAUUGACACAUUGCACAGUUCAUCUGCCGACUAAUUUAUGUACUUUACUUAAGUACUACCAGAACUGAAGCUAUUAUUAAUAAUCAUCAUCAUCAUCACAGGUUGUCUUUAAAAAACAGGUAUUGUGUGUAUUUAGUAGGAGAAGGUUUGGUCACUGUAACUGCAAUAAAUAUUAAUUUGGAGGUUAUAUUAGGAAGCAGGACAAUAUUAGGAAAAUCGCACCCUAAUAAUGAAACACCACAAACAUGGGUCCUCAAAAUGACUACAUUGAAUCAACACCUUUUUGACAUAGUAUCUAUAAAAAUGUAACUCUAUAAGAUACUAGCACAAAAGUAGUUUUAAUUACAGCAUUACUUUAAUAAUUGCAUUAGAUUUUAGGGGUGUCCGUGCUACAGUGUCCAGCCCCGACCAGCUAGACGCUCUUUGCUCAGCUGUUAUACAGAGGGAGCAGAUAGGUAGCUUUGCCAGCCUGAAAUUUAAUUAUUGGCACGCUAAUCAAUUCUCCCUAUCGGUGACGCACUAAUGUCAGAUUAAUGCGUCACUGAUAGAACAGAUGCUCAAUUAUUUAUGGCCGGCUGCACUUUGGCAGCUGCUUUUUGUUUUGCCGUUCCUGCUUUGCCCGCCCCCAGGUGCUCAUAUGUUUUACCCAGAGAGAGAGAGAGAGAGAGAGAGAGAGAGGUGCACUGAGAGCGCGCGUGAUGGGUCGGUGUGCAAGAGGUGCAGGCGAGAUGCUGACCGAAAAGUGCACAGCUGCUCCGGCCAACUGCGCUGCGCUAUAGACAGUGAUAAGUACUAUGAGGUGUAAUCAGCUGUUGUAUUGUAGUACAAACAUCACCAUGCAGGAGUCCGGACACAUCAAGCGUGACCGCCCUCUGUCCUGACAGCCCUGCGGCGCGGUCUGCACAGUGACGGAGACGGUACCGACGGUGGGUCCUGCAGGCUGGCUGGGUCGGUCUGUCUCCGGACCAUAAAUCGAUCUGGCUCUCGCCUUUAUGUGACAACCCUGUCGCGUUGAUUUGCUUGCGAGACAAAAAGGAUACAGAUGCUCUUCCCCUCUGUGAAUGUGUGAGAUCACCUUUGCGGUUCACCUUGGAAAUAAAAAAAAAAAUAAAAAAAAUACGCAUGAAAGGUUGAUGGAUCGCACGCAGCAGAAACAAAUCAGUACUGACCCUUGUGGGCCCAAAGUGCAACCUGGACCCUGUGCAUCGAUCGGAGCCGGUCCAGCUUUAUCUCCACAGCUUGCAAUCCAGGAACCCCUUCUCAUCAGCCCAUCAGAGGUGCUCAACAGACAGUCUGGACUGAGUCCCAUGCAGGCUGCAGUUGCACCUAUGAAAGUGACAGACCAAAUGCAGUCAGGGUCCACUUCAGCAACUCUGGCAAGCAUAAGCCGGCCAAGGCCGACUGCUCUUGGAACUAAACCUGCUCCAAAGACGACCAGAAUCUCAGUGGACCCCUCCAAGGAAAUAGAUUUAAUCCCAGUUUGUAUCCCAGGACCUCAGAGUGCCAAUGUCCUGCCGCAUUCCCCAACAGAGUCCUCCUCCUCCCUUCACAGUCCUCAGAGUCCCCACAGCCCUCAGUCUUACACCAGCCAGCCUUACCUGAGCCCCAACCCCAACCUGCCCUCCAGCCUCAGCCCCAAACCCAGCCUGAGUCCUCAGCCACAGAGGACCCCCUCACCUGGGAGCUCAACACAGAGCCAAGUGCAGUCCAACAAGCCAGGAGGAGAGGACAAUGACUUCAGGGUGUACAUCGUCACAUGGAACGUGGGAUCAGCUGUCCCACCAGAUGACAUCACUUCUCUGUUCGGACCAAAUGUUUCAGAUGGGAGCGUCGACAUGUUUAUCAUUGGACUCCAGGAAGUCAACUCCAUGAUAAACAAGCGGCUGAAGGAUGUUCUUUUUUCAGACCAGUGGAGUGAGCUUUGCAUGGACACACUCAGUCCUUUUGGAUACGUUUUGGUGGCGUCCCAGCGUAUGCAGGGAGUGCUGCUGCUGGUUUUCUCUAAAUUCUGCCAUCUUCCAUUCCUCAGAGGCGUGCAGACAGAGAGUACACGCACAGGACUUGGGGGAUAUUGGGGGAAUAAAGGGGGUGUCAGCGCGAGGAUGACAAUGUUUGGCCACCCGGUGUGUUUUCUCAACUGUCACCUGCCAGCUCACAUGAGGAACCUGGAGCAGCGGAUGGAGGACUUUGAAAGCAUCCUGCAGCAGCAGCAGUUUGAAGGAGGGACUGCCACCGGUGUACUGGACCAUGAUGUCGUGUUUUGGUUUGGGGAUUUAAAUUUCCGUAUUGAAGACUAUGACAUCCAUGUGGUGAAAUGUGCCAUCGACAGCAAUAAGCUGCCUCUUCUGUUGGAGCGAGAUCAGCUCAACAUGGCGAAAAACACAGAGCCCAUCCUGGAAGGCUUCAACGAGGGACCCCUCAAAUUCCCACCUACCUAUAAGUUUGAUGUGGGCACUCAUACGUACGACACCAGUGCUAAGAAGAGGAAACCUGCCUGGACGGAUCGCAUCCUCUGGCGCCUUCGUCGUACCGGCUCCCCAGUUCCUACCCACAAUGCAGCACUGCAGCGGGGUCUGACCUCGUGGUUGGGUGGGGCGACUAAAGUGACACAGCAUGUGUACCGAAGUCACAUGGGCUUCACCAUCAGUGACCACAAGCCUGUUUCUGCCUUGUUUUCACUGCAUGUGAGACAAUGUUUCCUCAAAUACACUUUCCCAUUCAAGGUGGAUAUGCCCCUGGUGGAGCUGCAGGUAAACAAGGAGUGGUAUAAAGUCUCAGAUGCUACAGUCAGAUUCACUGUUGCAUCAACUUAUCAGCGCAGCUCAUGGGACUGGGUAGCGAUAUACAAGGUUGGGUUCAGACAUCACAAAGAUUACCAAGCCUACAUAUGGGCCAAGGGAGAGCAUGCAACACAGGUGACGUUUUCAGAGGAGGAUUUGCCAAGAGAUGAUUGUGAAUACAUCCUGGGCUACUACAGUAAUAAUAUGAACAGUAUUGUUGGAUUGUCAACACCAGUUCAGAUCAAGCUUCCAGUCCACAGCCCCACCUCGCGCCGCUCCGACAGCUCAGACGUCAGCUCAGAAGAUGACAGCACUCUGGUUCUGCUUGCUGUAAACUCCCGCAGCCCGAGCCCCAAAACCGGCAAACACCACCAUCGCCACCGUCGUAGCCGCAGCCCCGCUGUUCCUGCUCUAUCUUCCAACCCCCUCCCCUCUCUGCAGAGCCUCAGUCUCUGUCCUCGCUCCAAAGAAGGCCAGACUGGCAGCCGCUCUCCCUGCUCUGCUGCUAAGAAGGAGCGCCUGGUCUCCCCCAACACUGUGCAGUCUCCCACCAUCAGCCCGCUCAGUCCCCGCAGCCCUGUGUCUCCAGGUGGUGGGGUGACUGCACCGGAGGCCCUGAUCGCUGCUAUCUUAGGUGAACACAGACCAGCUCAGGUUAGCCCCACAGGGGUCAAACAGAUAGGAAAGACAGGGGAAACAAACACUGCAUAGAAUAUAAACAUCAAUAGUUAAAAGGAGGUACUGUACAAGGAGAACGAUGGAAAUAUCCUCGCAUUCAGAGUCUGAUCUGAUCCCACAAAGUCACUGUGCUCGUAGAAGCAGCACAUUUAAUGACCCCUAAUGUAGUUUGCAAACAUUCCGCAUUGUAGCCCUGCAGCUCUCUGUUUCUGAGUCUACCAUCAUCUCAUACACUGUGUGUAUCUCGGAGUCAAAGAUGUGUCCAGACUCCCGACAACAAGUGCUUUUAUAGACUCAUAAGCUAAUAUCAUACGUAAACAAACAUGUUGAAUGUGAAACCAAAGUCAGAGUAAACCUGUGAUGGAUGUGACCAGUUAUUUUUGACAGCAAUAUGGAUCCAUGUAAACAGUCCCAUAUCAAAAUAAGGACCCGGGACCAGAAGUAUUGGUGGUAUCAUAAUUCACAACAGAGAGAGAGAGAGUGUGUGUGUGUGUGUGCGUGUGUGUGUGUGUGUGUGUGUGUGUGUAGGCCUAUGUGUUAAAACAUAAAUUAAAUGUGUGAAACGUGCAUUUUUGACCAGAUGAUGGUUUACAAUUUUAACUCUAUAGUUCUUGGUCUGUAUUCAUAAAAUGAAUCUAAUAUAUCCAAGAAUAAAGAUAGAGCAUUUCACCACACCAUUCGAUCUGAGAUUUUACAUGUGACCUUGUGACUUGAACAACAAUCUUAGAUCGAUGCUCUUAUUCUUAGCAGCUUUGUGAAUACAGAUCUUAUUCUAUAGAGCUCGGUGAGUGAAUAUUUAGGCUAAUGUCUUUGUUUUGCUUCAAGGAAAAAAGUGUUGUGUAACUGUGUGAGUGUGCAAAUAAAACAACAAAUGGAAAGUAAA